AUGGGCACGUGCCCCGGGGCCUCCAACCUCCAGGGGGCCCCCAGGUCGGUGCCCCGGGGCCCCAAAUGCGGUAGUCCAGCCCUGGACCAUGUUGGGUGCCAGGGAUGGUGGUGGUGUGUGUAUUUCGGAUGGGAGGUGUUUAAAAGGCAGACACAGUGGCACAAUUUAGCCAUAUCAUAUAGAAGUGAGGGACUGCAAAUUACAGGGGUGUAUCUACUCACAAAAACAAAAGCCUGUUAAACUUCAAGUUUAAAUAUUGGAGCUACAUUUAAACCACUCUCAACAAAGAUUUAAUUUCAUCUGGAAUAUUUUCACUUUAAGUAUGACCAUACAGUUUAUAUAUUGUAUGAAGAAAUUAGACUGACAACCCAUUUUGAUCAUCACAAUAAUCUUUUUUUUACUUUUAGUACAUAAAGUUGAAAGUUUAGUUAGUUAUCUACUUAUAGUAUAGUUAGUUAUUUAAAUACUCUAAUUGUGUUAGUUCUUAAAAUAUGCAUCUAAUAGUACAUAAUUACAUGCUCUUAUAUCAGUCAUCAGUCAAGAAGAGGGUGUCUUGUCCUGCUCCUGAAAUCUGCUCCUGCAUUCAUCUCAGUCAUCAGCAACAGACCAUUGGGGUAGGUGCAUGUCUGACAUCAAUCUGUGCACAAUUACAAUGAUAAUUUAACAUGGUCAAUAAAAAAAUAAUAUAUAUAACAUAAACACACUGUUGACACAUAGGCUAUGGUGUAAUGGAAUGUUUUGCCUUGUGUAGGUUUUGACACUCGUAUGUAGGUGUCAUAACCAGCUAUAAAAUAACACAAUAUAUGUCACAACAGGUCUAAAUAUGUGUGUCAUGAUAGUGUUCUGACCAUAUUAUAAUAGGUUCUGUCAGCUGUUAUGGCAUAUUAUGACAUGGUUAUGACCGUGUCAUAACGUGUUAUGACGCUGGGUGUCAAGUAAAGUGUUACCGAAUAAACACAUAUGAAUAUGCCAGUGCUUCCUCCUUUUGCACUGUAUACAGUCCAUACACUCCAUCUACAUUCCACAAGGCAGUAACUUGUCUAACAUCAGCCACUUAUUCUGCACUUACUUCCAAUUCGUAUUUACAAUCACAUUCUCAACUAAUUUAGCAGCAAUAUGUUCCAUUAUAGUGCAUGACCUUGAUAUACACUUCUUAAUUUUCACAGUCUAGACACACACACACACACACACAAACAAACAACAAUAUAAGACUUACAGCGGCACCUCCAUUUUUGCACCAUCUUCAUUAUCUUGUCUUGUCUUGGAGUCAUAGCCCGAGUGGAAAACCUAAUGAAAAACAAUUAAACAGCCCCGGGGUUACAGAGCAAUUGUAAUAACGAUUAACCACACAAAUGAACUCAUUAAUUUGAUGCGACGAAAAUGUUUUUCCCUCUCCUGUUCAUGUUGCGAUAAACGGAAAUGUUAGAUAGAAAGACCUGUUGGCCUAGCUGUCUUCGCAGUCUACACUGCUCUGCCUGUGUUUUUUUUUACAGGGUUGGUAUAGGGGUUGAAGGGUUGUAGUUGUCUCCACAUAAACCUUUUUGUAUGGGGAUAAAUCAUCUCUGAACUCACCACUGUACUGGUGGAACUCUUUUAUGACUUCCUGCCAGAGGCAGUGUAUGCAUACAAAAUAUCUCUCUCUCUCUCUCAAAAAAAAAAAAAACUCUGUCAAUCUCUUGCUUGCUGGAAGCACUGUCAUUUUCCAUGAAAGGCCAGUCUCUUUACAUGUGUGUGUAGACGUCCAAUUAUUUUACCUUCUUACUCUUUUUCUCACCAUUGUCUACUGCAUGGCCUGGCUCAGGCACUGAACUGAAUUAACAUAAACCCCAGAUUACCUAUAUUUCACAUCCUUCAAAGGGAUGACACAAAAUGAUGUCAUCGCUGACUCAAAUGCAACAGUGGAAUCAUUUCUCCAUCCAUCCAAACGAUGCUGAAUCAGCCAGCAAUGAUAUUGCCUCCUAUGUGCGGAGGGGCAUGCUGAGACGGAAGCUUACUCCAGGUCCCUCUCUCCCUCUCACUUUGAAGUUCUCUCCUUGUGGAGAAGGUUUUGCGCUGUCAAGUGGGAUUUGCAUACAUGAUGAGAAUAAUUGGCUGUCUGAAAUGGGACACUUGUAGAAGGAUUAUUUAUUUUACUGACUGGCCAAAAAAUGUGUGUGUUGCUAAAAAUAGCUCUCCCCAUCCACUCCUCGCUGCUUUACUUUUAGGUUCUCCCCCAUGGUUUUGCUCUACCUCAGUACCGUCAUCCCCUCAAUUUGGUUCCUGGAGCUCAGCCUGCUGCAGUACAAGCUCCUGGUCAACAUCUCCUCUGGCCUCGAGCUAGAGGAGCUGCUGGCUCACAUCCCCAUCUCAGCAGUAGGUGUCACACCACAAAACACACAGCAACUUUCAUCUAAUCUCAUUGUGUUUUGUGUUGACUGACACAGGACAUUUUGCAGCUGGGCCCAGAAAAUUGUGUGGCUGCGCUGGAGCAGACCAUGCUCAUCGUGCUGGUUCUGGGCCGCUGGCUCAUGCCCAAAGGGGACAUGUCCCAGACCAGCUCUCCCAGCUCCUCAUGGCCUACGUGGGCCUGGGUGCCGACAUCCUGGACAUCUUUGACACCUUCAAGGAGCCCGAGGUCAAGACCAACUCCUGGGCCAUCAUGCAGUUCCCCUUGGUCCUCACCCAGACCAGACCCCCCAAGGCCCAGCCCCAGCCUGGCUCGUCCCAGCCUGGCUCGUCCCAGCCUGGCUCGUCCCAGUGGAGCCUCUCUCAGGGGGUAAGCGUGGCUGUGGUCGAGAGGAUGCCUGGAGCUCCCUCCUCCUGCUAUCCAGUGCUAUGCUAUUCCAGUGAAGUCUGGAACUUGCUGUUGACUGUGGGGCUCCAGGAUGGGAUGUUCCUCGUCUACCGCCUCUACCUCAUGAUCAGGCAGAACGUGCUCAACCAGCUGAUGAUCUUCUUCACCUGCAAGAACAUUCUUGUUGUCCUGCUGGAGGUCUACAGGAUCUUUGUGGUGCAGUGUGAGCAGCAGGAGGAGGCAUUCCUAAGGGGGCUGGAGACGUGUGCAAUGCCCUGGUGCCAACAAGCCCAGGAGGAGGUGGUGGUGUGGGAGGAGGACAGGAGAGCGGAGAACAAAUCUGGCCAACAG